AUGUCUACCACAACAAAAUCUGCAAACGUGAGUUUGAAGCCAAUUGAAGUACCAAAGGCUUUGCAAGAAGGAGAAAAAUUUAUUAAGUGGGAUGAGGAUUCUGGCGCUGGUCUUCCUGUUACGCUACGUGUUGAUCCCAAGGGCUUCUUUUUGUUUUGGACUGACCAGAACAUGGAAGUAGAGAUGCUGGACAUAGCUACCAUCAGAGAUGUACGAACAGGAGUCCAUGCAAGAGUACCUAAGGUGAGUUCUUGA